GUCAGCUGUUUCACACUGAAAUGAGCGAGGUGUUGAGCCAAGAUGGCGUCCGUCGAAGAGCCAGUUUCCGUUUUUAGCUGAGAGCAAGGGGGUGGGUCUAAAACUGCAUCACAGCUGAUCUGGAGGUUUGUCCCCCCUCAAGUUGUUUUUUGCAGAGAGCUGCUUUGCAGAGAUUCACAGGGGGACCUCUCUCUUGUUAUUUUUAACCUUGCGCCUCUUUAAAAAACUACACUUCCAUUUUUCCUCAACCCAUUAUCAGAUUUAAACCCCCGCGCAGUUUCAUUAUGCCACUUCUCUUCUGUAUAAACUGCUUUUAUCGCAAUUUUUCACUGGAAUACCCUCGUCUUUUUGUCAUCCAUGGUGAAUUGAACCCAUGUCUGACCCAGUUUUAGUGUUUUUGCCUUCCCAGCAUCCCAUGUGUUAGUGCGAGCCGCCAGUGGAGAUGUUUUCGGCAGGAGAGGAGGAGGUUAAUUCCCAUUUGUUUACCUCACUGAAGGAGUCCCCUGGAGCUGCAAUUUCCCCAACACUGGAGCUCAGUCUGACAACCAUCUACACCGUCCUCUACUCUUUCCUGUUUGUUUUCGUUUACCUGCAGCUCUGGCUCAUUUUGCACUACGGACACAAGCGCUUCAGCUACCAGAGUGUGUUUUUGUUUCUGUGUUUGCUGUGGGCAGCGCUGAGGACGACCCUUUUCUCUUUUUACUUUAAAAAUGUGGUGCAGGCCAACCAGCUGCAGCCUCUGGCCUACUGGCUGCUCUACUGCUGCCCCGUCUGCCUGCAGUUCUUCACCCUCUGCCUGCUAAACCUUUACUUCACACAGGUGAUGUUUAAGGCUAAAGCAAAGUAUUCCCCAGAACUCACCAAAUACAAGGUUCCUCUGCGUUUGUUCUUCCUGUGUCUCAGUAUAUUUUUCCUGGUGGUGAAUUUAACUUGCGCAUUGUUGGUGCAAGGAGCUCUGGAGCGCUCUGAAUCACCAAGUGAUGGGGAUAUCAGACAUGCGGUCCUGGCCCGGGUCCUGAUCAACGACAGUCUGUUUGUCCUGUGUGCCAUCUCUCUGGCUGUCUGCAUCUUCAAGAUCGCCAAGAUGUCCUCUGCCAACGUUUACCUUGAAUCCAAGGGUACAUCGGUGUGCCAAGCUACAGCUAUAGGAGCUGUGGUGAUUCUCCUCUACACAUCCAGAGCCUGUUAUAACCUGGUGGCCGUGGCUCUGUCACCACAGGACAGAUCCAGUCCCUUCAAUUAUGGCUGGUACAAUGUUUCUGAUCAGGCUGAUGUUCAGGAGAUCAGCGGUGAAGCCUACAUCGUGUUUGGGAUCAUUUUGUUCUUCUGGGAGCUGCUACCCACCAGUUUAGUGGUGGUUUUCUUCAGAGUCCAGAGACCCAACCAAAACCUGGCUCCAGGAGGGAUGAUCAACAGCCACAGUUUCAGCUCCAGAGCGUAUUUCUUUGACAACCCUCGACGGUACGAUAGUGAUGAUGACCUGUCCAGGAGCAUUAACAACAGGACUGAUCGGACCAGCCUCCUCUCCCCCACCCCCCAGCUGGGGACGUCUAGUUGGUACGGCGCCAUCCAGCGCAACGGGACCCUGACGGCAGGCGUGGCGCCGGCCCAGCAGCCGCCGUCUUCCACAGCGCCCCUCCUCUUUGCCUACGGAAACAUCCAGAGCCAACAUCAUCACCACCACAACUACUACUCCACCCCGCAGAACAACUACCACCAUCAUCAUCAUCACAGUAACUACUAUUCCACGCCACAGAAUUAUUACUGUGGAUCACAAACGCAUUUCUGCACACCGCAGAAUUGAGCGGGCUCCACCGUGAAGAUUGACUAAUAACUUCCUGCGUUUUUUGUCACCAUCUUGCUUCCCCGGUUACAUCAAAGCAGAAACUUUUGAGUGAUGAUCGGAAGUAUUGCUGAAGUUGGGCGUCAAAAUUGGUUCGCCAUAUUAUUCUGGUAAGAGGUGGUGGCAUCAGCUACUGUGCCAAGACUAACUGCUUUUUGAGGACAUCAGGGAGGUUUAUAUGGCGUGUAUGGACCACGAUGAAAAUCAUUGCAGGCCAUGGACCAGGGUUUUAGCGCUAAUGUGGCUGAUAUAAAGUCUAUAUAAACUUGAUAUGGUCUAUAAAGACCAAAUGUGUUGGUCAGAUUGCCAUUUCUGAGGCUGGAAUCAUCAGGGACCAGAUAAUCAUUGUUCUCAUCAUCCUUUCUCCCUUUUCUUGAUAAUUUGCUUCGAUCGAAAGAACCAUUCUGUUCCAUUAUAUUCAGUCAGCAGUGGUCAAACUGUGAUUUGGGAUCGAAAAUGGCUUGAGUGACUGUUUAACGGGCAGACAUUUGAUACGAGUGUUGUAAUUAGCUGGAAAAGAACAGUAGAGGGUGCUAGCUUGCUGGCUUGAUCUUCCUCAAAAAGGCUUUUCUGGUGAUGAAAACCAAAUGAUAUGCAUCCAUAAACGGCAUUUCAUAGUGUGUCUUUAUUUUAGGUCCGGUUAUGUAUGACAGGAAUUAGCUGCUGCUAAUUUGCCGUUAGCUUUUGGAGCAGUGAGAGCUAGCUUACACCCAAUCCUAACAGCAACUGAUCAUCUAUUUAACCAAGAAAUGUCUCGGAAGUGACCCAGCAAAGCCAAAAUCCAAAAAGCUCAUGAAAGGUUCCUCCAUUACAGACUUUGCAAUUCUCAUAACUGACCAUUUUAUUUCAGUGUUCACAAACAUGUAAACUGCUUAGCCCCCAAAAUAUAUGUGAAAUUUAUAUGUAGCUGCCAUAAAAGUGUAAAUGUCAAUCUCAUUAACAUGAGCUUAAUUAAUGAUUAAAUGUGUCAUCAAAUAAAUCCAUUCAUAAACACAAUUUUAACAGCCUUUAAUGACAAAUCUGCACAGUUACAAGAACAUGUCACUGCUGUUGGCUAAAAAUAUUUAUUGAUAUUUUCCAUAAUUGAAUAAUUGUUCGAGGUUUUUCAGCAAAAACUGGCAAGUGCUCACUGGCUAUAGCUUCUCAAAUUAGAAUAUUUUUUGGUUUUCAUACUGAUCUAUGACAGUGAACUGAAUAUCUUUGUGUUAUGAACUGUAAUAAGUAAUAAUAUAUAACCAACAUUCAACAUUGGAGUAGAAGUCAGGAGUAUGAUUGUUUGUCAACUGGGUGGAAGGAAACAUAUUUGACCAAAAAUUCUUCAUGUAAUCUGAUCCUUUGUUAGCUGUGAGGCAACACUUUUGCACUUAGAAGAAGUUCACCUUCAGAGGAAAGGCUUAAGGCCUGAAUGUAGGAUUUCCUACCUUGUUUUACAUAUUUUUUCUCAGUGAUCCUCUGUAUUAUCAAUGUUACUAUUUAUCCUUUGACAAAGGAAAUAUCAAUGUGCCAUCACAUUGUGUCAUAUCUAAUAGUUUCAUUCCUUACGGAAGAAUAUUUUUGCACAAGAAAUGGUCGAGUGAUGUGUGUUUUUAAUUGUUUGUGUCUUCAAGCUAAUCAAUUUCUAAUCCAAGUGUGACAUUUUGAGUCAGUAUGUGUGUGUGAUCUAGUGUGUUAGUAUGCUUUUAUACAUUUUUUUUUAUUUUACAUUGAUUUUUACUGUCUAACAGAUUUUAUAGUUUAUUUUUUUUUCACUUUCCAACUCUCCCAACACCAUUAACAAUGAAUUUUCUGAAUCUCAUGACAGACUGCAGUUUGUAAGCAAUAUUUCACUUUGAGGGAACAUUUCUCAGACUACAAUCAGUGUAUCUGUUCAAAUCAAGAUUGUCAGGACCGAAGGAAAAAGAAAAUGCUGCGUGUGUGUGUUAGAAAACUUUAGCUAUCAUGAAACUCAAUCUGUAAAUGACCAUGUAAACUUAUGACUUCAUAUAAGAAAAAACAAAAAAGCAACAUUGCAGCUGGAUUUACCAUCAACAGCAAAAAAAGGCUUGUAACUGGUAACCAUAUACAAGCAGUGACUGGAAAGCCUGGUUCUGUUUCUUGGAACAAGUGACAGGUAAAGUCAUUUACCGCUGCUCGUGCUCAAAGAUUCCAUCACUUGUAUCGAGAAGUUACAUAAGACAUAUUGAAAUGCAGUGAAGGAAAUGAAGUUCUCAUUGUUGGGUCCAGCUGUUCACCUAUUUCAGAAAAAUUAACAUCUGCAGUGCAUGCUUCUGCAUCAGAGUGCAAGAACUCAGUGUGAUAUUUUUUUUUUCCCAAGGUGAUAUUUGUGUAAAAAUGUUGAUCUAUCUGCUAUGAGAAGACAAUGAUAAUUGCUUUAUGUUAUGAUUGUUUUAUCCGUGGCCAUCUGAAUGUAACCUAUUGUGAAACAGAUCACUAAAGAUGUAUGCAAGAAAAGCACUACCAUGUUUAAAUAAAGGCCUACUGCACUGUUUUUAAAACAAAAGAUGAACCAGAGUUUUUCACCAUAAUGGUCACAAACUGCUACAUCACAACAGGUGUUAUCACCAGGCUCGAGUGUAAGGGAGACACACCAUGUCAAAGCUUAACAAAUGAUAUUUAAUUGAACAAAUUCAACCAAAUUAAAGGAUGUAACUGACUGAUUAAAGUAUGAGGCGUGGAAGUCUGUGGGGUCAGUGGUGUCUGUGAUGUGUGUCGGAAGGUGCAUGAAAGUAAAAGUAAUAACUAAGGCAGCAUAACUAAACCAAAACAGGUGCCUAACCCUAACCUGGCAACACCAGGCACCAGGUGUUCCCAGUUGGGCUAACGAGCUACCUGUAGAGCAGACAGGUGA